AUGGCGGCGCUGGGCGGUGAGCCCAUCCCCGACGGGGAGUUCACCGCGGUUGUGUACCGGCUCAUCCGGGAUGCCCGGUACUCCGAGGCCGUGCAGCUGCUGGGCGGAGAGCUCCAGCGGAGCCCGAGAAGCCGCGCCGGGCUGUCGCUGCUGGGCUACUGCUACUACCGCCUACAGGAGUUCGCGCUGGCUGCCGAGUGCUAUGAGCAACUGCGCCAACUGCACCCGGAGCUGGAGCAGUACCGCCUGUACCAGGCCCAGGCCCUGUACAAGGCCUGCCUCUACCCAGAGGCCACCCGCGUGUCCUUUCUCCUCCUGGACAACCCCGCCUACCACAACCGGGUCCUCCGUCUCCAAGCCGCGAUCAAGUACAGCGAGGGCGACCUGCCCGGGGCCAGGAGCCUGGUGGAGCAGCUACUGAGUGAAGGAGGAGAAGACAGCGGGGGCGAGAACGAGCUGGAUGGCCAGGUCAAUCUGGGUUGUUUGCUCUACAAGGAGGGACAUUAUGAAGCCGCGUGUUCCAAGUUCUCUGCGGCCCUGCAGGCUUCGGGCUACCGGCCUGAUCUUUCCUACAACUUGGCUUUGGCCUAUUUCAGCAGCCGACAGUAUGCAUCCGCCUUAAAGCAUAUCGUGGAGAUUAUUGAGCAUGGUAUCCGCCAGCACCCAGAGCUGGGUGUGGGCAUGACCACUGAAGGCAUUGAUGUUAGAAGUGUCGGCAACACCUUAGUCCUUCACCAGACUGCUCUGGUGGAAGCCUUCAACCUCAAGGCUGCCAUAGAAUACCAACUGAGAAACUAUGAGGCGGCCCAAGAAACCCUCACUGACAUGCCACCAAGGGCAGAGGAGGAGUUAGACCCCGUGACCCUGCACAACCAGGCGCUAAUGAACAUGGAUGCCAGGCCCACAGAAGGGUUUGAAAAACUACAGUUUUUGCUCCAGCAGAUCCCCUUUCCUCCAGAGACCUUUGGCAACCUGUUGUUGCUCUACUGUAAAUAUGAGUAUUUUGACCUGGCAGCAGAUGUCCUGGCAGAGAAUGCCCAUUUGACUUACAAGUUCCUCACACCUUAUCUCUAUGACUUCUUGGAUGCCAUGAUCACUUGCCAGACAGCUCCUGAGGAGGCUUUCGUUAAGCUUGAUGGCCUAGCAGGGAUGCUGACUGAACAGCUCAGGAGACUCACCAAACAAGUGCAGGAAGCAAGACACAAUAAAGAUGAUGAAGCUAUCAAAAAGGCAGAGAAUGAGUAUGAUGAAACCCUUGAGAAGUACAUUCCUGUGUUGAUGGCCCAGGCCAAAAUCUACUGGAACCUUGAAAAUUACCCAAUGGUAGAAAAGAUCUUCCGCAAAUCUGUGGAAUUCUGUAAUGACCACGAUGUGUGGAAGCUGAAUGUGGCUCAUGUUCUGUUCAUGCAGGAAAACAAAUACAAAGAAGCCAUAGGUUUUUAUGAGCCCAUAGUCAAGAAGCAUUAUGACAACAUCCUGAAAGUCAGUGCUAUUGUGCUGGCCAACCUGUGUGUUUCAUAUAUUAUGACAAGUCAAAAUGAAGAAGCUGAGGAGUUGAUGAGGAAGAUUGAAAAAGAGGAAGAGCAGCUCUCCUAUGAUGACCCAGAUAAGAAAAUCUACCAUUUCUGCAUUGUGAAUUUGGUGAUAGGGACACUUUAUUGUGCCAAAGGAAAUUAUGACUUUGGUAUUUCCCGGGUUAUCAAAAGCUUGGAACCCUAUAAUAAAAAACUAGGAACUGAUACGUGGUAUUAUGCCAAAAGAUGCUUCCUGUCAUUAUUAGAAAACAUGUCAAAACACAUGAUUGUACUUCGUGACAGUGUCAUUCAAGAAUGUGUUCAGUUUCUAGAACACUGCGAACUUUAUGGGAGGAACAUACCUGCUGUUAUUGAGCAACCCCUGGAAGAAGAAAGAAUGCAUACUGGAAAGAAUACAGUCACAUAUGAAUCCAGAGAGCUAAAAGCUUUGAUUUAUGAGAUUGUAGACUGGAAUAUGUAG